CAGCAGCCGAAAGUUCAAGCAGUAGCUGCAUCUCUAGUUUCGACUUUCAAUCCUCUACAAUGAUCAAGAUUAUCCUAGUUGUGGCAAUCCUGGUGGGCGUGGCCCAGGCUACAUUGAUCAUUGGCCCCUUAAAACCUGUGGAACAGCAGAACAAGUGCCAGAUCUAUUGGAGGGAAUACGCCUGGGCUCUGGAGGAUUGUGUCUGCCGGGUCUUCCAGAACGCUUGUCUUCUGAAGGCGGAGAGUGAUCAGCGGGAAAAGGCUGGAAAGACGCCUCUGAUUCCUGUUUCGGAGGAGGUGUGCAAGAAGUUCAUCACCACCAAGUGCUGCAUCCUCGGAUGGCCUGUGGUGGCCCAGUUCCCGAUUCCGUCUCCCUGCGGAUGCAAUGGCAAAACGGGAAGCCUCGAGGCCAAAAAAUUCAGGAGUAUCUGCGAACUGCUGAAAUACUCUGCCGAAUGCUCUCGACCCUUCAUCAGCUACGCAAAGUGUUAAAAGUGACUUGCCUAUAACAACCGAAGAAACUGACUACCUCCACUAUUGUUAUUGUUAAUAUGUAAAAAUAAAAAAAAAUAUCAGCAACACA